AGCUGUUAAAUUUGAAUCAAAAUAAACCUGACAGACUUUUAAAAUUAAAAUUCAAAAGCAAGGCGCGGCCGUCACCCGUUGCUCACUCACUUCACUCUCCCUUGUCUUCAUCAAAUCAAAACUGCAGUUCCAUUCAAAUUCAAUUCCCUUCAUUUUCUUCAAAAACAAUGGAUUCUAAAGAAACUUGUCGAAACGAACUCCGACUUGCAAUUCGUCAACUCACCAAUCGCGGCCUCUAUUCCGCUUCCAGAUGGGCAGCUGAACAGUUGAUAGGUAUUGAGCAAGACCCGGCAAAGUUUACACCGUCUCAUACUCGAUUUCAACGAGGUAGCUCUAGUAUUCGCCGUAGAUUUAGAACCAAUGACCCGACUUCGACGCCUAGUCCCAGUGUUUCUUUUGCCUCUACACCAAUGCCAGAGGAGGAUGAUGAUAUUGUGGACAGUGAUUUUUACCUUUUGGCUAAGUCAUACUUCGAUUGUAAGGAGUAUAGGAGAGCUGCCCAUGUACUUCGAGACCAGGCUGGACGGAAAUCUUUGUUCUUGCGAUGUUACUCCUUAUAUUUGGCUGGGGAGAAGCGGAAGGAGGAAGAGAUAAUAGAGCUGGACGGGCCUUUAGGGAAAAGUAAUGUUGUAAAUCGUGAAUUGGUUUCUCUUGAAAGGGAACUAUCCAUGCUGCGAAAAAGAGGUGUUCUGGAUCCAUUUGGGCUGUACUUGUAUGGUCUAGUGCUAAAAGACAAGGGAAAUGAGAAUCUUGCUCGCGCUAUCCUAGUGGAGUCUGUAAAUAGCUAUCCAUGGAAUUGGAAUGCAUGGUCGGCAUUGCAAACACUGUGCACCACGGUUGACAUGUUGAACAGUCUUAAUCUCAAUAACCAUUGGAUGAAAGACUUCUUUCUUGCUAAAGCUUAUGAAGAACUUAGGAUGCACAAGGAAUCCUUGGAUAAGUAUGAGCAGCUCCAGAAAACUUUUUCGUUUAGCAGCUACAUACAGUCCCGGAUGGCUAAUGUGCAAUAUCAUUUAAGAGAAUUUGACCAAGUAGAACUCAUCUUUGAGGAAUUAUUAAGAAAUGAUCCAUACCGAAUUGAAGACAUGGACAUGUAUUCUAACGUGCUGUAUGCAAAGGAAGCAUUCUCUGCUCUUAGUUAUCUAGCCCACAAUGUAUUCCUGACUGACAAAUAUAGACCUCAAUCAUGUUGCAUCAUUGGUAAUUAUUACAGUUCUAAAGGCCAACAUGAGAAAUCAGUUUUGUAUUUCAGGAGGGCUCUCAAGUUAGACAAAAACUAUUUAUCUGCCUGGACUCUAAUGGGCCAUGAGUAUGUUGAGAUGCAGAACACAGCAGCUGCAGUGGAUGCAUAUCGUAGGGCUGUUGACAUAAAUCCGUGUGAUUACAGAGCAUGGUAUGGUUUAGGGCAAGCAUAUGAAAUGAUGGUAAUGCCUCAUUAUGCUCUGUAUUACUUCAAAAAAUCAGUGUUCUUGCAGCCAAAUGAUCCGAGGUUGUGGAUUGCAAUGGCUCAUUGUUAUGAGAGUGACCAUCUUCGUAUGUUUGAGGAGGCAAUAAAGUGUUAUAAACGAGCCGCGAAUCGACAAGACACCGAGGCGAUUGCUAUUAACAGACUGGCAAAAUUAUAUGAUCAGCUAGGGCAUCAUGCAGAGGCUGCAUUUUACUACAAGAAAGAUUUAGACAGAAUGGAGGCAGACGAAAGGGAAGGACCAAACUUGAUUGAUGCUUUGAUGUUUCUUGCUAAAUAUUAUAGAGCCCAGAAAAGGUUUGAAGAAGCAGAGAUCUAUUGCACCCGGUUGUUGGAUUACACCGGACCUGAAAAAGAAACAGCAAAGGGUCUACUUAGAUCUAUGAAAAUGGCGCAAUCUGGUAUCCCACCCAUGGAUGUCGAGCAUUUUCCACCAUAUGACCCUCAUUCCUGAAUGCUGAUUGCAGAUAUAUUUUUGUAUCAUGGCAAAGCUUCUUUUGCUGUACACAUCAUUCUGUAUAUGCAUUUAGUAAUUUUAUUCAUGGUAGAUGGAAUCUUACAAUUGAGUUUUGUAAUUUGUAGCCGUUAGGAAUCUUUUCAAGAACAUAAUCGAAAGUAGUUUUAGGAUCUAUACAUUAUUAUUUGAACAGCUUGAUUCUGAUAAUUUCGUGUUCCUCCCAAGAGGCUGAGGAUCAAACUUAGUUUUGGGUAACUUUUAACCUGUUCUGGUUAACUUUGUACAUUACAAAGUUAUGAUUGUGCGUGUAACUAGUUAGAAUUCCUCCCAAGGCUUAGCCAAGAGAUUAGAAUUUUCUAAUUAAAUUGAGUUAUGGUUAUGUCUCUGAA